CCAAAAUCCGAACCUACAAAAAAAAUCCGUCCGAACCCAUCCAAUUACCGCUUCUACAAAAAAAAAAAUCCAUAUGAAAUGACGGAAGAGGACCCAAAUACCAGCGACAUUAUAAAAAUGGCCGGUCUAGUUCUUCGCGGAACCUUUUUAUUUUAGUAACAUUACAAAGGAUUUUCUUGAUUAUUCUGGCGGCUCUCCUGGUCAGGGGUGAGGGAAGUGUUGAGCUCCCAUUUCAUCUAUAAUCGAUUCGAAAUUGGUAAUUGAAAGUAUUUGAUUAGACCAUGAAAUUCCGGUACGCCAUGGUUUGCUCAUCCAACCAGAACCGGAGCAUGGAGGCCCACUCUCUCCUCAAGAAGCAUGGUUUCGACGUCUCCUCCUAUGGGACGGGGGCUCACGUCAAGCUUCCUGGGCCUUCCCUCAGAGAACCUAACGUCUACGAGUUUGGGACCCCUUACAAGCACAUGUUCGACGACCUCCGCCGCAAGGACCCCGAACUGUACAAGCGUAAUGGCAUAUUGCCGAUGCUUAAAAGAAACUCAAGCGUGAAAUUGGCACCGCAACGUUGGCAAGACAAUGCUGCUGAUGGUUCCUUUGACAUUGUUUUUACCUUUGAAGAGAAGGUUUUCGAUAUGGUCAUUGAAGAUCUGCACAACCGGGAUCAAGUUCUCCUGAAAAGUGUGCUUGUGAUAAACUUAGAGGUUAAAGAUAAUCAUGAGGAAGCAGCUGUAGGAGCCCGUCUUGCUUUAGAUCUUUGUGAACAGAUUGAAGCUGCUGAGUCAUGGGAGGAUUCAAUUGAUGAUAUUGUGGCUUCUUUUGAGAACAAGCACCGGCGGAAGCUGCUCUAUAGCAUCUCUUUCUACUGAAGAAGCAGAGACACGGAUUGUAAUUCACGUAUGCGGGACUAUGUGCAUGGUGUGAGGAGCAUGAGGCUGUUGUAAUCAAAUGACACCUUAUCAACAAGCCACGCUUGAAUGAGCAGGAAGAAAUAAGUUUGUAUUUGCCCGUAGUUGUUUUCAGGUUUUAACGUUUCUCCUCAUGAACAGUAUUUCAUCAUUUUGUUCAAAUCAUUAUACAGUUACAGUUAUUGA